UUACGUUUCCUUGAACUUUCGCUUCUCCCCGUGUGAUCUUGUUUGCUACAAAAUUGCGCAAAAUGUUUCUUUUAGGGCUCAGAAAUGUCUCCGGACGAGGACAGGCGUUCUCUGCUGCAGCCAGGCUACACAGUCAGGCCCAGGGGCUUGGGCAGCCUGUCCCCUCGACCCGUCCUGAGACCUCCAGCGCCAUGACCCUGAUGGACAUCGGGACCCGCCGCAUCUUCAACGAGGACCACGACAUCUUCAGGCAAAGCGUGCGGCGUUUCUAUCGAGAGGAAGUGAUCCCGUACCACAAGGAGUGGGAGAAGGCAGGUCAGGUGAGCAGGGAGGUGUGGGAGAAGGCUGGAGAGCAAGGCAUUCUGGGAGUCAUGACACCGGCGGAGCUCGGUGGUGUAGGAGCAGACCUGUUGUCUGCGGCCGUCACAUGGGAGGAGCAAAUGUACUCCAACUGCUCCGGCCCGGGCUUCAGCCUGCACUCCGACAUCAUCAUGCCCUACAUCUCCAACUACGGUAGCAAGGAACAGAUUCAACGCUUCAUCCCAGAUAUGACCGCUGGGAAAUGCAUCAGCGCCAUUGCCAUGACAGAGCCAGGAGCCGGCAGUGAUCUUCAAGGUGUGAGGACGUACGCUAAGCGAGAUGGCAGCGACUGGAUCCUCAACGGCAACAAGGUCUUCAUCUCUAACGGCUGGAUGGCCGACCUGGUGGUGGUCGUGGCCGUGACGGACCGCGAGGCGAAGUCGGCCGCACACGGCAUCAGCCUGUUCCUGGUGGAGGACGGCAUGAAGGGCUUUCAGAAGGGACGCAAGUUGGAGAAGAUCGGUGUGAAGGCCCAGGACACGGCUGAGCUGUUUUUUGAGGACGUUCGGCUCCCGGCCAACGCCCUCCUGGGGGAACCCAACAAGGGCUUCUACUACCUGAUGAACGAGCUGCCUCAGGAGCGUCUGCUGAUCGCUGGCAUGGCCAUAGCUGCUUGUGAGUUCAUGUUUGAGGAAACCAGGAACUAUGUGAUGCAGAGGAAGGCUUUCGGCAAGACCAUCUCUCAUCUUCAGACUGUGCAACACAAGCUGGCAGAGCUGAAGACGGAGAUCUGUGUGGGCCGAGUCUUCGUAGAUAACUGCCUCCAGCUCCACGCUGAGAAACGCCUCGAUGCGGCCACGGCUUCCAUGGCCAAGUUCUGGGCUUCUGACCUUCAGAACAAGGUGGCCACUCAGUGCCUGCAGCUCCACGGAGGCUGGGGCUACAUGUGGGAAUACCCCAUCGCCAAGGCGUUUGUGGACGCCCGUGUUCAGACCAUCUACGGAGGCACCAAUGAGAUCAUGAAGGAGCUCAUCGCCCGCACCAUCGUCAGCCGCAAGUGAGGAACUUGGAUGUUUUUCGCGGCGGAUGAGCACUGGGGAAAAGGAAGGGGUGGUUUGCACAGAUGCUUUUUUUGCUUAGUUGACACUUUGUCUGCACAAUGGUUAAAUGGUUAAACGUUAAAUCAAACAGCACUUUUUUUUAUUUUAUUUUACCUCAAUCGCUGUUAAAGUGUGAUGAACCGUUGUGAGAAGUCAUACCAACACUAUAUGACUUUUAUAAGAAGAAAUAACAAAUGACCUCCCUCCAACAAAUGAAAAGUUCAAAUGAAUGAUUUAGACGUUAACAAAAAAAAUUAAAAAAAUUGGACUAAUGGCUCGAUCAUUUCACAACAAAGCCUCCAUUAACAUUCAAACAGGAGUUACAUUUAACAGCUUUGGUAAACUAAUGACCAUUGCUUAUGUUUCUUAGCUGUGUGUGGAUAUAUUGGAUUGAUAAUAAUAAUAGUUUCCAAGGAAAAGGUAUUUUUGUAAUUGUUAUGAGUUGCUUGUGUGUGCAAUAUGUUGUUACAGAGUAGAUUUGAAUUUUAGAUGUAAAUGCCAACAAUGAAAUGAUCCUCCUGAUCAAUAAAUCCAGUAGCUGUUCUUCACAAAUGAGCUCUUAUCAUUCUAUAAUCUUUAGAGAAUGGUGUGAAUUGAGCUGAGGGCAUGCGAUGAGGGGAUUCAGGGAUGAAAUAUUGUAAAUAAAAGGUUCAUUGAAUUAUAUUAAAA